CUCAGCUUUUAAUUCUGCUUUCUUCCACUGAAAACCAUGUCAUCUGCACUCCAUUGAUGAUGGAUGUUUUGGUUUUAUUUGUCCAGGUGUUAAGCUAUUUGCAUCUCUACCAGUGCAAUGGUGCUGUGUUUAGUAGCACUCUGACUGUAGCUAGAUCUCAGGACUUAGUUUUGUUGUCUGUUCCCAGUGCACGGACUGAGCUAGGAAAAAAAGCGUUUAUGUGCUUUGCUCCUCUCACUUAGAAUAACUACAUGAAUUGGCCUCUCUGACUGAUUUUAAAGCCAAAUGUGUUGUUUGGGCUGUAACUGCUGUAACUUUUGUAUGCUGCUGUCUUGGCCAGGUCUUCCUUGUAAGAGAGAUCUCAGUGGGACUUAUCUGGUCAAAAGUGGGUUAAAUAAAUGAAUAAAAACAUUUGCAAAAAUCAAGUGCAGUAUGUGUUUUCAGGAAUAGUAUCCUGGUUACUCUUGACAGUCCACAGUCCUUACCCUCUGUAAUGCCUCCUACUAUUGUUGCACUCCCGUGUUUUGCUGUUUUUGGAAAGACAUCUGAACACUAUGGGCCUUAGGAAUGCCUGGAAUGGCAAUCACCUUUAUUCUAAUUACUUUCCUCGCAUCACCACGCUGUCAGCUGCUUUUUAGUUAAUUAACAACACACACAGUGUCACUGUCCUGUGCACUGGUGCACACUGUCACCAUGAGCCUUCCAACUGUCUUCAUCAUGCUCUCAGUUUGUUUGAACAUGUUUUCCUCAUCUCUGUCCUCUCAUCCCAACUCAGCUAAGAAGUCAGGCUGCUUCAAAGUCAACAGCUGCAAAUGCAUCAUGAAGGAUGGCAGUGGGGUGAUAAACCUGAAAGCCAUGGGAGAUGCAAAGGGUUUCCUGGGGCAGUUGACGCCUGUGUCAGCAGAGAGCAUGGCAGUCAGUGCAGAGAUUCUCCUGUCCUUCAGCCCCUGCCAGCCCUUCUCACAGCAAGAGGACCUGACAGGAGCUGACUGUACCUAUGUCGCUGCAUGCCUCAUUUUCAGGUAUCACAGGCUCAACCAAUACAUUAGCCGUUAUAUCAGCUAUGGAAGACAUGAAGGGAAUGAAUUCCACUACAAUGACACCCUGAAGAUGCUGUCUGUCUCAUACUUUGUUCAUGACCAGCAGCCGCUGACAGUGGUGCAUUACCACUGUAAUCCAAAUCUGUCCACUUCUUUCAUCCGGGACCAGAGCCUGAGCACUGAGGGGCCCCUGCAGAUCUGGGUGGAGAGCCCCUGUGCUUGUCCAAAUGCCUGUACCAUGGGAGAUCUGGGUCUAGGCACCAUCUUCCUCAUCAUCCUCUCCCUCAGUGCUGCUGCAUACUUCAUCCUUGGUUCCUGUGCUCUGAGGCCUUUCCGGAGCAGCAGUGGAAUCCAGAUCUCUCCAGAGCACAGUGUGUGGUGUAUGAUCUGCUACCUCUGUACUGAGAGCCGGCCAGCAAGAGGACACUAUACAGACAUGACACACUAAAUGAUAAGCAGCUGCACACCUCUGGAACACUGCAACAUGUCUCAGUGUGCCGUGCGUUUUGACCUAAAGGUGUCAUGUCCCAUAGAGGGCAUGUUUUGCAUAACAAAUCUGGUCAAUAUAUUUCUAAGACUUCAAGGUAUUUGUUACAUUGUUCAAUAUAGGCCUUUGAAGGACAAUAAUAACCACCAACCAGAAUUACUGCCUUGUGGUUGUAUGCUUCCCUGAGCCAGUCAAGUUACAGUUACAGUUUACUUUGUCUGUCAAGACUCACAUGUCACUGUGACAGUAGACAAUGCUUCAAAUUAUGGAUGUUAAUUUAAAGCAGCUACAAAGUCUAAAACAUGGAUGCCUCACACACAUCUUCCCCUUGACAGCUCAGAAGAUCUAUACAAUCAACACAGUUUCAAGGUGGACAUCCAAGAUUACUGUCACCACUUCAGUAUCAGACCAAAUGUCUCGCCCUGAUAUAUGACACUAAAUAAUGGCAAGAAAAGUGUUUUUGCAGAACAUCAUGAUGGCACAGUCAAGUUGACCUUUGACCUUUGACCUUUUGAAUAUAAAAUGUCACCACUUUAUCAUUUAUCCUAUUAGACAUUUGAGUUCUGGGCAAACGUGUUUUUUUAGGUCACAGUAACCUUGACCUUUGACCACCAAAAUAUAAUCAGUUCAUUGUUGAGUCCAAGAGGACGUUUGUGCCAAAUUUGAGGAAUUGCGUUUAUGAGAAUGGAAUGGACCAGGUUACGGUGACCUUGAUCCUUGACUUUGGACUACCAAACUCUAAUUAUUUCAUCCAUCUCCAGCAAGGUCACAAGGAAUGCUUACCAGGUAAGGGACCGGAGCCUUUGACAGGACGGCUGCUGCCACAGCUGUAGGGGUAGCCACAUUGACAUGGUAAUAGCGAGCGAAGGUACAGUGUGACGGUUUUAUUUCCUUUAGUCAGAGAGACUUUAUUUAUUUGAUUUUAUUAUUUUUCUUCUAUUUUUUUUCUGGGGUGCCAGUCAGGUUUUGCCUGACAAAAGUCGUUUUUUCUGAGUCAAGUCACAUGUUUUCUCUCACUUCAAAACCCACACAAAGGAUGAUUAAGCAUAAAACUUAACAACCACUCAAAAACAAGAAGAAUGAAACCCAACACGUUUGCUUUUUAAAUCAGAGGAAAUGUAUAUUAAACAAGAAAUUAUAACAGUCUAGAAAUCACUUUCAGUCUCUUUCCCACACAAAAAAAAACUCUUCAAUGUCCCAGGAUAGAAGACAAAAAAAACAAUGUCCCCACAAGUCAACAAAAAAUCCUCUUCCAGCAACACACCAAUCAAAGGAAAUGUUCCGUUUC